AUGGCCCCCACCGAAACUGGCAAAGAUCUCGCUGUAGAGGAGAAGCCCGAAAGCCCCAGUUACGACAACGCAGACAUAGAAGUGGCCCCUGUGGUAAAGGACGUUUAUGUGGUGGAGGGAACAAACAACGAUGCCAAGGAUGAAGAUUAUACCAGCUCCGACUCGGAAGUGACGCGCUCGUACGUCCCCAAGCCCCAGAAUCCUCAGACCCAGCGCCAGGCCUUCAAGGUUGGUGAUCAGGCACGGCUUCCUAGGCGUGGAGGGCCACCGAUGGUGAUUACGAUUGUAGAGGUGCAGCCGAAGCGGUCAGACUGGGAGUAUCAGGCCGAGGAUAGCAACAAAAAACCGGUGAAUACCAUUUCGGGCGGUGUGGGGUACGAAUGGAUCAAACAGAAACGGCUUAUCAGGACAUAA